CACACUACUCCUUGGUGCUCUCUCUUUUCUAUUAUAUAUUAAGGGAAGCUUCAUCCUUAAACUCUCCCCGAGUCUCCCACCCAAAACCAUCCAAGACACAAUAUAUUAUAUGGCUUUGGUCCGAGGCUUUUUGGGUUUGGCUGCUGCCUGCAGGGACUUCUGUGUCCUAGUAGUAUUUGUCUUGGUAGUUCAUCCUCAUCGAGCAGACGGCUUUAGUCGUGGGUUCUUUGCCCCAAGCAAAGGUGUUGUCAUCCCACCAGUGGCUGGUAUAUGCGCAGCUUCGGUGAUUGUACAUGGCUACAAAUGCCAGGAGCAUGAAGUGACAACCCAAGAUGGAUAUAUACUCAGCCUGCAAAGAAUCCCAGAAGGUCGUGUAGUUAGAAAUGACGCCGGGAAUAAGCGGCAGCCAGUCUUAAUCCAGCAUGGUGUUCUUGUGGAUGGAAUGACAUGGUUUCUUAACCCUCCGGAACAAAAUCUGCCCAUGAUUUUGGCUGAUAAUGGUUUCGACGUGUGGAUUGCUAACACCAGAGGGACCAGAUUUAGCCGACGACAUACCGCCCUGGACUCUAGCAUACCGGAUUUCUGGGAUUGGUCGUGGGAUGAAUUGGUAUCCUUCGAUAUACCAGCAAUUUUUGACUUUGUGUAUGGUCAAACGGGGCAGAAGAUUGAUUACGUGGGUCAUUCCCUGGGGACUUUAAUUGCUUUGGCAUCCUUCUCAGAAGGUAAACUGGUGAACCAGAUGAAAUCGGCAGCCUUGUUGAGUCCCAUUGCUUAUUUGAGCCACAUGAACACUGCACUUGGCGUUGUUGCUGCCAGAGCUUUUGUUAAUGGCGAGAUCACCACGAUAUUGGGUCUUGCAGAGUUUAAUCCAAAAGGGGAACCUGUAGGUAACUUUCUCAAGUCUCUAUGUGCAUAUCCGGGGGUUGACUGCUAUGACUUGUUAAGCGCUCUUACUGGCAAAAACUGCUGUCUUAAUGCCUCCACCAUUGAUCUCUUCCUGAUGAAUGAACCCCAGUCGACAUCAACCAAGAACAUGAUACACCUUGCUCAAACUGCUCGAGAUGGUAUUUUGGCAAAAUACAACUAUGGCAGGCCUGACUAUAAUGUGAUGCACUAUGGGAUAGCCACACCACCUAUUUAUAACCUCUCUAACAUUCCCCAUGACCUUCCUCUGUUCGUUAGCUAUGGUGGCCAAGAUGCUCUCUCUGACGUUGGAGAUGUCAUGCUUUUACUUGAUAGUUUUAAGUUCCACGAUGUAGACAAGCUCUCAGUUCAGUUCAUCAAGGAUUAUGCCCAUGCAGAUUUCAUCAUGGGGGUAAAUGCCAAGGAUAUAGUGUACAAUCAAGUAGUCGCUUUUUUCAAGCGUCAAUACUCUGCAUGAUCCAUCAUGAAGGCCUUGGUUCCGUGAUCAGAAGUAAUUUUCAUUCCUUACAUAAUAAAAUCAUUAUAAAGUAAUGUGGAAGCCGUUAUGUAUAUGUGCUAAUUCAGGGGCACGCUAAGCUGUAGUCUGGAGUACUUAAACUGACAAUUUUGAGCAUUUUAAAUGCUUGGCUAAAAUUAGAAAAUAAGAUGGAGUGGCUUUGAAUGA